AUGCACGAUCUCUCUGCUGGACUCAGACCCGAGGGUUUUUCUCCCACGGUGGAAGUUCGUCAGCUAAGCAGCAGACCCUGGAGGAUAUCGCAAAGAGCAUCCGGGAGCAGCAGUUCAAGAGGGUCGUGGUGAUGGCUGGAGCGGGGAUCAGCACUCCCAGUGGCAUCCCAGAUUUCAGGUCUCCAGGCAGUGGUCUCUAUGACAACCUGCAGCAGUAUGACCUGCCUUACGCCGAGGCCAUAUUUGAGAUUAGCUUUUUCCACCAUAACCCAAAUCCCUUCUUCGCCCUGGCCAAAGAGCUGUAUCCAGGAAACUACCGCCCCAACCUGACACACUACUUUGUCUAUCUGCUUCACAAGAAGGGUCAGCUGCUCCGGAUGUACACACAGAACAUUGAUGGCCUGGAAAGACUAGCCGGGAUUCCUCCUGAGAUGCUGGUGGAGGCCCACGGCACGUUUGCCACUGCCACCUGCACCGCUUGCUUGAGGAAAUAUGAGGGCGAGGACCUCAGACCCGACGUGAUGAGUGGGACGGUCCCCAAGUGUCCCACCUGUAAGGGCGUGGUAAAGCCUGACAUCGUGUUUUUUGGUGAGGAGCUUCCACGACACUUCUUCAAGUAUAUGACAGACUUCCCACUGGCAGACCUGCUGAUCAUCAUGGGCACAUCGCUGGAGGUGGAGCCUUUUGCCAGUCUUGCUGGAGCCGUUCGCAGUUCUGUGCCCCGUCUUCUCAUCAACAGGGACUUGGUGGGGCCGUUCACCUGGAGCCGCCGGCCUAAUGACGUCGCGCAGCUGGGUGAUGUGGUGAGCGGUGUGCAAGCUCUGGUUGAUGCUCUUGGCUGGACUCGGGAACUUGACGCUCUGAUGGCGGCCAGCACUGAGAAAAGUGCACCAAAAAAAGAAGAGUGACACAAGUUCACAACAUCAAAGAACGAGGUUUGACUUUACAUCAAACACACAAACUGUAGGAUGAAGUCCAGAAGACUCGAGGUUUACCAGGAUUUUAAAAAUGGGAUCAGUGGAAACUAUCAGACUGGUAGAUAAAGAAGUUGUAUAGUGGAAAUGCUGUGUAAUUAAUGCUCAGUCAAAUAUGAAUAAAAUACUGUAUAACAAA